AUUUCUAUAUUUCCGCUCUUUCACACUCCAAAAAUUAGUGUAAUUGAAGUCUGUCAAUCCAGUAAAUACUCCAGUAAUCUCUUGGCAGCUUUUUCAGAGGUCAGAAUGGCCGACCGCACCGUUCCUCAUGCUUACCCAAUGAGUAUGGAUUAUGAGAUGUGUACUCCUCCUCGAAUCUAUGACCAGAACUUUGCAGAAGCACUGAGCCCCAAGGAGCUGUUGGCCCCUGUAUUGUACCACGGUUACUACAUUCGGCCCCGCAUCAACAAGCAGCUAGAGAGGGGCUUCUCGCAAGUAGAAAGUGAAGACGACUGGUACCGAGUGUUGCUGGAUGUGUGCCAGUUCACACCUGAUGAGAUCAGUGUGCGAACAGUGGACAACCUGUUGGAAGUGAGCGCCCGCCAUGCUCAGAGAAUGGACCAGCAUGGCUUUGUGAGUCGUGAGUUUACCCGCACGUACAUCCUGCCAAUGGGUGUAGAUCCGCUGCUAGUGCAAGUUUCUCUGUCUCAUGACGGGAUUCUCUGCAUUCAGGCUCCACGAAAAACUGAGGAUCUGGAGCCUCAAAUCAACCAACUCAAGAUUAAAGUGGAAAAGAAGGAAAGCACAAGUAAAUGAAGUACAUCGUUUCAAAGUUUAAUCAAGUGUAAUGUUAUAAAUCCUGCAGAAUUCCAUAGAAAGUCUAUGGAGUUGGAAUGCCCAGCACUUUUGUGUGUUUGUUUAUUAAAUAUUUCAGAUAUUUGGAAUA